AUGGUCGCGGAAUCAUUUAUUGAAGCCCUCGUACAAAACUGGCCUGUAGUGCUCGCCCUUGCCUUGGCCUCAUACUUGAUCAAGAACCGCUUUAAUCGAGGGCUGAACAAAUAUCCGGGCCCGUUUCUCGCCUCCAUUACCGACUGGUGGAGGUUCUGGGUCGUGUAUAAACGACGCCCCGAGGUUGAGCAUAUUAAGCUCCAUGCCAAACAUGGCGAUGUCGUUCGCCUGGGCCCCAACAGCCUGUCUUUUUCAAACCCACAGACGCUGAAAGCGAUAUAUGGCCUCAAUAAAGGCUUCACCAAGUCUGAAUUCUAUCCCGUUCAGCAAUCAGUAGCUAAUGGGCACCGGCUCCCAUCUCUCUUCAGCACCACUUCGGAAGCGUUCCAUGCACAGCUUCGUCGAUGCGUCAACAGCGCUUUCUCCAUGUCAACGCUGGUUCAGUAUGAGCCGUUUGUCGAUUCGACCACUGACCUCUUUCUUUCUCAAACCGAGAAGUUAUAUGUCGAAACGGGAAAAUCUUGCGACUUCUCCCGAUGGCUGCAGUUUUACGCUUUCGACGUUAUCGGCGAGAUGACUUACAGCAAGCGUCAUGGUUUUGUCGAGGAAAAUGAAGACAUUGAGGGCAUCGUGAAAUAUCUUGGGAAGAUAUUCGAUUACGCCGCUCCAAUUGGCCAAAUCCCCUUCCUGGAUCGCCUGCUCCUGAAAAACCCCCUUUACCUGCUAGCUGCGCAAUAUGGCCUCAUUGAUGCUACAUUCCCAGUUGCCCGUUUCGCCAAGCAGCGUAUGGCAGAGCGCUACCCAGCGGAUGCCGAUAAAUCUGCCUCCGUCCUCCCUUCAACUGAGCCCAAAGGAAAGCCUACCCAACCGGAUCUUCUUUCAAAAUUCAUGCAAGCGAAAGAAGCCCGCCCCGACUUCAUGAAUGAUACACUUGUGACGACCAUGGCGGUUUCCAUGGCCUUCGCUGGCUCCGAAACCACUGCAAUCUCCCUCUCAGCAGUCUUCUACUUCCUACUAAAGAAUCCGGUCUGUCUCUCAGCACUUCUCGAUGAACUUGAUGCCAAAGCCAAACAAGCUUUUUUUAGCAACAAGGAAACAGGAGUCGUCACGUGGGCCGAAAGUCAGGAAUUGCCCUACCUAGACGCAUGCAUCAAGGAGAGUUUUCGGUUGCACCCUGCCCCCGGAUUACAUCUCGAAAGAAUCGUUCCUGAGAAAGGAGCAGAGAUUGGGGGUGAAUGGGUCAAAGGAGGAACUAUUGUAGGGUGCAGUGCUUGGGUUAUUCAUCGGAGACCGGAGGUAUUUGGGGACGAUGUAGAAGAUUUUAGACCAGAGAGAUGGCUUGUGGGCGGCGGUAAGGCCGGAGAUGGCGCGAUGGAUAGUUCAAAGGUUGUAGAUAAGGAGGCAGAGGAGAAGCGCAUCAAAGAAAUGGGCGCGUGCCUGCUGCAUUUUGGCAUGGGCUCCCGAACCUGCAUCGGAAAGAACAUCAGUCUAUUGGAGGUGUAUAAGUUGGUUCCUACUUUCCUAAGGAGAUUCGAGGUUCAACUCGAAGAUCCCUCGAAAGAAUGGACGGUGCAUAAUGCCUGGCCAAAGGCGCCCACCGAAGCUCGUCUUCCUCACAAAGAGCAAGGCACAACCUCGAUUUGA